CGCGCUGCCAGGCGGCUGACAGGGCGCCAGGGCCACUGCUCGGGGGCGAGAGCUCGCGCUCCGCCCGCUUUACGGCUGCUGAAAACCCGUGGAGCCAGGCGGCCGAGCCACAGACCAGCCCGCGCCCGCGCCGCUCAGAUCUUCCAGCUGGAUACUGGAAAUAGCUUUUGAUGGUUUAGGGACUCUUUCAUCUGACCCCAGGUCAGAAUGGAUGUCCAAGAGGAUAAAUAACUCCCUCAGAAUCGUACUGCAAGUAAUUCAUGGAAUGAAGUUUACAUCCAGGAAAUGAGCUUUGACUAUUAGGCACCUGGAUGAGGAGCCCUGGGUUCAACUUGUCAGAGUCCCUUAACCUGAAAACACUGUCUGCUUGCACCAAGAUCAUCCAAUUGAAGUAAAAAGAUGGCCUAUCAGAAGGUCAAUGCUGACCAGAGAGCUCCAAGACAUUCACAUUACCUUGAUAAUGAUGACUUACAAGCCACUGCCCUGGACUUAGAGUGGGAUAUGGAAAAGGAGUUGGAGGAACCUGGUUUUGACCAGUUUCAACUGGACAGUACUGAGAAUCAUAACAUGGAGAAUUCGGAGACUACAGACCUGAAUCUCGAUUCCAUUCAGCCAGCAACUUCCCCCAAAGGGAGGUUUCAGCGACUUCAAGAAGAAUCUGACUUUAGUCCUCACUAUUCAAGAUCUAUACCAAAGAACAGUCCCUGUAACUUUUGCCGCCUUUUAAAAAUACUUUGCACAGCCAUCACUUUGUUUAUCUUUGGAAUUUUAAUAGGAUACUAUACACAUAAACGAUGCCCUUCAAGUGCUACAUCUUCAGGAACACUUGAUCCUCAAUCAUACCAUGAGAUUCUCAAUGGAAUUCAAGCAGAAGACAUCAAGAAGUUUUUCAGGGAUUUGAAACAGAUGCACAUAAGUGAUGAGGAUACAGAUAUUCCAAAGAAGAUUAAGACUCAGUGGACUUCUUUGGGCCUUGAAGAUGUCCAGUCUGUGAAUUACUCUGUGCUGCUUAACCUGCCAGGCCCUUCUCCCAGCUCUGUGACUCUGAGCCCCAGUGGUCAAUGCUUUCAUCCUAAUGGCCAGCCUUGCAGUGAAGGAGCCAGAAGACACAGCAGCCAAGAUUUGCUCUUCUCAUAUGCAGCCUAUUCUGCCAAAGGAACUCUCGAGGCUCAACUCAUUGAUGUGAAUUAUGGAAAUGUAAAGGAUUUAAAACAGAUUGCAAUAAUGAAAAAUACAACAAAUCAGAUUGCACUCUUGAAAUUAGGAAAAUUGCCUCUACUUUAUAAGCUUUCCCUAUUGGAAAAGGCUGGCUUUGGAGGUGUUCUUCUAUAUAUUGACCCUUGUGAUUUACCAAAGACGGCAAAUCUUAGUUAUGAAACCUUCAUGGUAUCACUGAAUCCAGGAGGAGAUCCUUCUACACCGGGGUAUCCAAGUCUUGAGGGAAGCUUUAGGCAGCGCAGAUCAAACCUCACCUCUCUACUUGUACAGCCCAUCUCAGCAUCUUUGGUUGCAAAACUGAUCUCUUCAUCCAAAGAACCAACCCAAAGUGGUCACUGCAGCCCUCUAGAGCUUCCAAACAAUGAAAAAAGAAUUAUCAAGAUGCAAGUUGAGACAGUCACAGAAUUCAGGACAAUUACUAAUGUUGUUGGAUAUUUAAAGGGCUCAACAUCUCCUGAUCGGUAUAUCAUAGUGGGCAGCCACCAUCAUACCUCUUACAGUUAUAAUGGACACGAAUGGGCCAGUAGCACUGCCAUAAUCACAGCUUUCAUCCAGGCUUUGAUGCUAAAAGUUAAGAGAGGGUGGAGACCAGACCGAACUAUUGUUUUCUGCUCAUGGGGAGGAACAGCUUUUGGCAAUAUUGGCUCUUAUGAAUGGGGAGAGGAUUUCAAAAAGGUCUUGGAGAAGAAUGUAGUGAGUUAUGUCAGUCUUCAUAGUCCAAUAAGGGGUAACUCAAAUCUAUACUACGUGUCUUCUCCUUCACUUCAGCAGCUGGCAACAGAGAAAAAUCAUUUCAACUGUUCCAGGAGAGGACAGUGCUCAGAAGCCAAUGUCAGUUCUAUCCAGAUGCAAGGUGAUGCUGAUUAUUUCAUCAACCAUCUUGGAGUUCCCAGUGUUCAGUUUGCUUAUGAGGACGUCAAAGCUCAAGAGGGUCCAAGCUUUCUUUCUGAGGCUCUUUUCCCUAAAUGGGCAACAAAAAUUGAAGAAAUGGAUCCUUCUUUCAAACUUCAUGAAACCAUUGCCAAGCUCUCUGGAGAAGUGAUUUUGCAAAUUGCCAAUGAACCAGUUCUGCCCUUGAAUGCUCUUGAUCUAGCUUUAGAAGUUCAGAAGAGCCUCAAAGGUAACCAGCCCUAUACUCAUCAGCUCCUCACCGUGGCAUCAUAUCUUCGGGACAGUGCAGAACUCUUUCAGUCAGAUGAAAUGCGCCCUGCUAAUGAUCCCAAAGAGAGAGCUCCCAGCCGAGUCCGCAUGCUGAAUGACAUUCUCCAAGACAUGGAGAAGAACUUUCUUGUGACACAGGUUCCACCAGGUUUUUACAGAAAUAUCCUGUAUCAUCUCGACAAGAAGACACGCCAAUUUUCUAUCCUCCUGGAGGCUCAGGAGUACUGCCAGUCACUUGGAUCAAAUGAAACGCUCCAAAAAGCCCUGUCAGAGGUGCUGAAUAGUAUUCAUUCAGCUAAGGUUUAUUUCAAAGCAGGGUUGAGUGUAUUCGAGAGUGCCUUGGAUGGAAAAAACUGAGCAAACUCUCAGCAUUCUUAAAAGUUUGUUUACAUUUCCUGAUGCAAAAGCUGGAAUCUAACCAGAUUAUCUGAAAUUGAAGACUCCCCCUCAUGCCCCCCUCAGCCACAAUGGAUUUGGGGACAAUUGUGAAGUCAUUAUUAUUAGAUUGUAUUUUAAAUGUACAUAUAAGAAAAGCAUUUUGCACAUUUGCUAUUUUUCAUAUAUCUGACUAUAUUAAUGCAAAUUAUUGGAAUAAUAACUACAGUUUAUUAAAAUCUACUGUAUUUUUAUAUCUAACAAACAUGUUGGGGGGGGAGGUCCAAGAAAACAUGGAAAGUCUUUGCUCCUAUGGAUAGACCCUGUAGGAAAAGAAGUCAUUCUCUAUUUUAGAGCUAUGUGACCUAGUUUCUAUAAUGGAAAUGGAUAGUUAAUAUGGUUUCAAAGUCACGUCACUCGUAAGUGUUCAGUAUGAAGAAUUCAAGUAUUCUGACUGAGUGAUUAGUUGGCCAAAACCACUUUGAAUAUUUCUAUUUUAUGUAAUGAAGUGCCUGUUAUUAUCAAAACUAGAUGUAGUAAUACACUGGUUAUGAAAUUGUAUUUUUUUAAGUAUUAAUGAAAAAAAAAGAGCCAUAAACAUUCCAGGGGGAAAUCUCAAGGUAACUGCACAGAGCAAUUUAAAUGCAAAUUUUUCCUAACAACUUAUAAGGUGACUAGCUUUGAAACCCCUAAUUUGCCUCAGUUGAUUUUGUAAAAAAAAGUUACGAAUGAUGUAUGUCUUAUGAGGGAGAAAAUAGUUCAUAUUUUUUUUCUGUAUUGUUUCUCUUAAAAACACUGAGACAAAGUUACUCUAAAAUGAAAGUGUCUUACAUGCCUCCUCUUCUUUAUUCUUAUAUCUUUACUGAAACUCCUUUCUUUCACAGAAUACCAUAUAAUUUCCACAGGACAGGAGCAAAGCUUUGCUUUGAAAACCCAAAAUAUCUUUAAAAGCAUCAAAUUGCUAUUUCUGUCACUAACAGAAAUGACUUAGUAUGACAGAAAUAGCUGUUUUGAUCAAUGAAAAUCUCUAGUUCUAUGAAGAAGCUUUUGAUAACGUUUCUUUCUUGAUGCUUAAGUGUGACUAAAAUAAACAUGUAAAAGAAACUUCAUGAUUCUAGAUUCAUGCAUAAAAUACAGUGUUGUCUUAAGAGUACAUCUUUCCCACACUUGUUUUUUUCUCUCCUGUGGAAAUGAAGCAUUUCAUGUUGACAUUGUCACUGAGUAACUCUUACAUCCAUUAUCCCCUCAACGUGUGUGUUCUUUUGAUUAGGUGACAUGGUUUAAAAUUGUGGUUUGUCCUUAGAAAUUGAUUUGAAAAGUUCCGGUAGCCAAUAAAGUGAUUCUUUUUAGGGAACAUAACAGGAUAUUUCAUGUGAAGUUUCUCUGACGUGACAGUAAAAUCCACUUAUCCAUAGACAGAGUCAGAGGAAAAAGCACAGUUCAGGUUCCUGUGUUUAAGCCUUCACCUCUUGUGGUUGGUCAUAAACCCAGUCUUGUUUUCAAGCAAAGCUAGAGUUAAGGGAAAUCAGUAUGGAUUAAUUGAUUUGUAAGGGUCAGCUCUUCCUACUAUAGAUGUUUACAUGCUCAAGGCAAGAAGGAUGAUGGAGGCAAUUAACUAGAUAAUUCAAGCAGAAAUCCAUUUUCAUCUGAACUACCUGUGUGCAGCUCUGAAAUUUCUUAAGCCAAUAUACAUGUUUGCUUGAAAAUACUUUCCAUGAUGAAGAAUAUCAAUAAGGGAGGGAUAAUAGGGCCAGACCUCUGCAUGAUCCAGCAUGAGCAACCCCUUUUGGUGUGCAGAAAUCCAUGGUAGAAGGAAGUUGGGAAUAUACACGUUACCUGGGUGAAGUAAAAAAAUGAAAGUAUUUACACCAAAGGAUCUUAAGAUUUAAUUAAGUUUCUAUAUAGUCAUGUUCUAGAAAUUUCCACUGAUAUUUAUAUUUUAUUUUUAUUUAAUAGGACAGAAAGUUAUUGAUAUUUGAAAGGGAGACGGGGUGGGGGGGAAUAGGAACCAUCCUUGUGUAUUAUAAUGUGAGAGUGCUCAAUUGGCCCCACUUCUCAAUAUAUUUAAGGAGGAAGCAAUACUUGUCAGUAUAUUUACAUAAAUUGGAAAGCCAUAAUAACAUAGGAACCUAAACCUUUUAUAUCGAUGGAACUGUUAAAAUGACAUGUAUCAUUGUAUCUCUCAGUGAAAGGAUGUAGACAUAGCUAAUAUCGGUACUUGCUACAUACCGAGCACUGUCUUAGUCUUUUUCAUGUAUUUAAUUUUUCCUUAUUGAACCCUUACAACUGCCCAUUUUAAAAAUGAGGAAAAUUGAUUGAGUGACAUGUCCAAAGUGCUAGAAUUAAUAAAAGUGGCUGAGGUCUAUUGUUGGGUCUCUGGCAUUCAGUCAUUUCUUCUCUAUACUAAGUAGCGGAAAACACCAGAGAAAUGUAUAGCAAGUGAUACAGUUGACAACAUUAAUACAUUACCACAAUUUCCUCUGCAAAAUGCAUAAACCAUCAUUUCACUGUAAAGAAAACAAGAGAUAAAAAUUUUAAAAAAGAAAAGAAAGAAAACAAGAGCUGAUAAUUUACAACCGCAAUUUCAUACCAUUCCUAUAAAAAAUCAAGAUAGCUAAAUUGACUUUAACAUUAAAUACAAACAUAGCCUGUUAUAACUUGCCCAUUGAGAGAUAGGAAUUACAGAUAUUAAGUAAAUAAUGAUUUGUAACUAAUGAUGGAGAAGCACCUCUACUUCAAAUGAAGAAUUUAAUUAUCUUCACAGUAAAUUUGACCACAUCAGUUUGACUGAGCCAAAUAGAUUUUCAUGGAACAUGCUGUAGUCAGUGUAAUUAAUUACUCCAAAAGUUAAGCUUUCUCUGAGGGUAGAACAUUAUUGUCUCCUCAUUGCUUUGAGUCUGUUUAAAUGUGCAUUCUCUUCACAGAACCACAUUUUUUUUUAUUUUUUAGUUUAAUCUAUUUAUUAUUGGGUAGAGUCAGAGAGAAAUUGGGGAAGGGAGAUAGAGAGGGAAAGAGACAGAAAGAGCACACCUGUAGCCCUGCUUCAGGAAUGAUGCAACUUUCCCCCUGCAGGUAGGACCAAGGGCUUGAACUUGGCUGAGUCCUUGUGCAUCAUAAUGUGUGUGCUUAACCAAGUGCACAACUACCUGCUCCCCCACCCCAGAACAAUAUUUUAAAUUGCCAAUCCAUGUAGAAGGGAAAUUGGUCCAUAUUUUCCAAUGUAAAUGUCAGUAACCAAAGCCAUGAAUAUGACCUAGGGGUAAAAAAAAUGUUGUUUGGGACAACUAAAUUUCUAACUUUAGAAAGCCUCAUUAGAAUCUGCAGUCCUGAAAGAUCCUAAAUGUUUCAGUGCCCUAUUAAGUGCAAAUAAUUCUGAGAUAUAAGAUUUACUUCAUGCAAUUCAUAAAACCAAAUGACAAGAAUCCAGGAAGAGAGGGGUGGUUAAUGUGCAAAAAAUAUCUUUAACAAUUUGCCUUUUUUGACCAUCAUUAUACACAAACUGUUUUUUGCUUUGCAGGAAUACUCUAGCAAUGGAAUAGGAAUAGAACCCUCUGAGAAGUAACUAACAUUUAUUCAUUUCAAUGUAUAUUUAUCUGUUAAGUAAUCAAAUUUACAUUACCCUUCAAAGCUAGAUACUAAUUUUUUAACAGGUCCUGAGAUUUCCAAGAAUCUAGAGAUUGUCCUUAUUGUGAGAUGACUUAUUUCUUAAGAAUACUUAUAAUCUAAUAUUCAGAUUGUGCCUGAAUUUACAAGCAAUGAAUCAAAUUUAAGAAAUUUCAGUAGUGUUAAAGAAAAAGAAGCUACUUUAACCUGCAGUCUAUUUCUAGAAAGACUAUUGUGCUUGAAUUAGAUAGUUAUAUAUGAUACUUUGAAGUUUUCCAUAGCCAACCUGGCGAUUUUGAUAUUUUCAACCAAAAUCCAAUUGUUGAGACCAAAGACAUGCAUGGCUACUCUAGUUUCGUAAACAGACUUCAGCCAAGAAUUAACUUAGGAGCAACUGACUCUGUCUAUAUCCAAAGUUUUGUUGAGUAUAGACAGAACCUAACAGUAUUUUGUAUAAUUCCUUUGAUAUCUUAUUUCGAUAAGCAUUGAAGUGAUAUUUCUCAGAUGGAAACAGAUUUUAUUUUUUAGGCACUAAUUAACAUUCACAACCACAAUCUCCAAAGAACCACACAGUUGUCUGUACUUCACCAUAUGUAAUGUGCUAUAUUCCAGCAAGCACAAAGAUUAAUAUGCAAUCAUUAUUUUGAAUUAUCAUGUUGCAUAGAAGUAAGUGUCUGUCUUUUGUUCUAAUCAGAAUGCAAACUGGGUAUCUGAAUAGAAUCUUGACUAUAAAGUAGAGGUAAAUUCUGUAUUUUAAUAAACAACAUAUACUUUACAAUCAAAAAGUGUAAUUCAUUAUCUAACCUUCUCAGCAAGUAUAACUCCUCAAUUUCUCCUUCAAAGAAUCUUUAUUUGCUACAUUAUUAUGCAGAUAGACACUAUACAGACUAUGUUUUAUCUUUUGAAAUUCUCAGCCAUUUCCAACUAUUCAGUAUAUCUGAUAGUGAUUAAUUAAUACAAAUACUAAUUAUUUGUUUGCUGUUAUAUCAAGCUAUACCAAAAGUACUACUUUUUAUGAAAGUCAGAUAGAAAAAAUGAUAGUACUCUAUAAAGAUUAUUUUUGAUACAUCUGUUUAAUAAAAAUCAAAUUCAUGAGCUAAAUAUUUUAUACUUAAAUAUUUAUACACUAUCACAAGUUUUCUUUUUGCAAUUUAGUUAAGUAUGAAACCUAUCAUUGGACUACAAAGAUGUGAGAAAUAAUUACAUUUGGAAACUGGGAUAGGAAAUGAAGAGUUUAAAGGCAACGUACCCUACAUGUACCCUACUUGAUACAUUAAGAAUUAAUAAAAUUUUGUUCCAAAAAGCCAAAGAAGCUUCUAGGACACAUUUAAGGUCUUAUUUUAAUUUUGUUAGACAUUGAGAAUGUUAGCACAUCUUUUGGAUAAAUAUAUAUGUGGUUAGGAAUGGGAAAUGAUAUGCGAUACAUUUUUUAAAGCUUGUCUACUGCAUAUUUAGAUAUAGACAUUUUAAAAUUCACAAAAAUUUUUAAUAAGUAAAAUGCCUUAAUUGUGCAAGAAUGAAAAAUAAGUAAGCAGUAGAAUCCUUAUAAAUGAAUUUGAGAUAAAAUUUGGAGGACACCUCUUCAAGUAAAUGUUCUUUGAUUCAAAACAAAAGUAUCUCAUGUGUGUCAUAGUUGCUAAAUUGCACUGAACAGUUGUUGGUUGAAUGUUUUUCUAGAUAAAGGGUACUGUGUGAUUCACAGAUGUUUUCAUUGUACAUAAAGAUCACUGUUACUGUCUUCAUUUGAUUUUAAUGGCAUUAAUUUAGAAGUUUGCAUUUCUUAAUUUCUAGGUAGUGUUAAAUGUUGAAUUUUUUAAUGUAUGGACUCCUACCAGGAAUUUAGUAGCUUCCGUGUUUAGAUCUAACAAUAUCUCAAUUUAUUUUAUAACCCACCGUGUAUUACAUGACUAAAUAUACAGUUUACUUAGGAAGGUAUGUUGUGAUUUGAGGUGAAAAAAAAUGGAUUGGUACAAUAUCCAUUGAGAAUAUGAGUGAAUAAUUUGUAUUUCAUAUGCUUAAAUAUUUGUACAUAAUUAAAAAUAUUAUGCUAUGAAAUGAAGGUAUCUUUUAAGAAAAAUAUUCUGAUUAAUCAAUCCAAUGAAUAUGUAGCUUGAAUUAGUAAAGUUUAAAACAACCAUUUAAGUCUUAAAUACAAAUGAAAAUCAUUGUUGUUUUGUCCUUUGUUAUAACAAAAUACAUGGUAUCUUAAACUUGCAAAAUAAAUUAGUCAAUGACACUAUUCAUAAUUUA